AUGGCAGAGGCUCUUGGAAUCGCUUCCUCCAUUAUCACCCUCGUCGAUGCAGCUCAUAUUAUUGUUAGUUAUCUCAAGGAUGUCAAAAAGGCACCCAAAGAACGCGACAAGCUCUCCAAGGAGCUCUCCAAUCUCGCAAUAUAUCUUAAUGCGGUGGAUCAGCUCACUCGGACGGUGGAUGCAGGUGACCCAUGGCUUGCGAUGGUGCAAAGGCUAUCUGGUCCAUUUAUGCAACUCGAUGUACUACUGAAGGAUAUCAAGAAGAAGUUGGAGCCUGCGUCAGAUGGUAUGGGAAAGAUGAAGCAGAGACUGCUGUGGAAAUUCAGCAAGGAGAGCAUCGAGGAUGCUCUAGAGAGGAUCGAGAGGAUCAAGUCCCUGAUGAUAGUCGCCGUA